AUAUGCUAAUGAAACCAAAGGAAGAGUGUCAGUGAUUGAUCAUCCAGAUCAGAGUUUCUUUACUGUGACUAUGAGAAACCUGCAGCAUGAAGACACUGGAGCUUAUUGGUGUGUUGUGGAGAUUGGAGGAAUAUUUGAACGAGAUGAGAGUGAGCAGCUCUAUCUGACAGUUCAAUCAGCUCCUGAUGUGUCUGUGGUGAGCAGCAGUGUAUCUGGACAUGAAGGUGGUGAUAUCAGUGUUCAGUGUUUCUACAGUUCUGGAUAUCAGAAUGAAGUCAAACAGUGGUGCAGAUAUAAAGAUCAGAGCUGUUACACAGUGGGGAGGACUAACACAUCCCAGAAUUCAUCAGUCCAGAUCAGUGAUGAUGGGAGAAGAUCCUUCACUGUGCUGAUGACUGGACUGAGAUUCACUGAUUCUGGCUGGUACUACUGUUCUGUAGGAGAUCUGCAGGCUCCUGUUCAACUUAAUGUCUCUGAAAAUUCACAGGUUCAUUUUCUCACUGUCACUGAACCAAAACCAGCAACUGUUUGCACAGACACCAGCACUGAGAAUAUAUGGCACAGAGAGGAGCGUUUCUGUCUGUCACAGAAUUAGAGAUCGCAGGCUC